AUGGACGACCUGCUCGAUCUCGACUGGAAGCAGGCCAUGGGCACCGCCGGCGGCGGUCGGCCCCCGGCUUCCUCCUCCUCAAGCGCAGCCAACACCAGCACUGGCAGCAGCAUUGCCGCCAGGAACGGCGUCGCCUCCACGUCGAGCUACAACUUUGACUCGCUCACCCGCUCCCUCCACGCCGCAUCGCCCGCUCCACCACCUCCUCGUGCCGCCGCAUCGCACCAGCCUCAGCGCACCGCCACGCCCUCCUCCUCCGCCGCAGCUCCCUCUGCGCCCACGUCCUCGUCAUCUUCGUCCCAGGAUGCCUUUUCCUCGCUCCUCUCGUUUGGCGGCGCAGCCUCCUCGGGCGGGGUCGGCGGCGGCGACUUCCGCUCCUCGUCCCGCGACGGCAACCUCACGCUCGCCGAGAGGCAGAUGCGGGCGCAGCAGGAGGCCAAGCAGCGCGCCUCCGCCCAGCAGCACGGCCUCAGCCAGAGCAACGCCGCUUGGGCAGGCCUCGACAGCGACUGGGACAGCUUCGAAAAGUCUGGCGCCAGCUCGACGCCAUUCGCCAAGCCCCCCUCCGCGGCCGCCAAGCCGGCCCAGCCGGCGAAGGCGUCGGCACCUUCGAGCGAUCCUUGGGACUUUGACUCGUUCGCAGAUCCCCUCCCGCAACAGGCAGCGUCUUCAGAAUCCAGCACCUCGACCAGACGUCCGCCUCCCUCCGCCGCAGCUGCUCCUGCGGAUCCGUUCGACUUUGAUGCGUUCGACGGUCCUGACGCCGCCGCGACUGGCACACAGCAGCAGCAAACGCCUUCUUUCGGCCACGACCCAGAGGCCGGCAUCGCCGACGACGACGAGGAUAUUCUCGGCGCUCUCGGCAAGCCGGUCGACAGGCAGUCGAGGUCUGGCCCGGGUGCGACGCUGCAUCCGACGCGAGGCCACGCGCAGCCAGCGUCGAGGGCCUCGACGACCACCUCGUCAUCGGUGAGCUCUCGACAGCCGUCACCGGCCAGCGGCAGUCGCACCACCUACCCGCGCUCGGUCUCGCCGCCGCCGCACAUCCUCGGCCAGAUCGUCGAGAUGGGCUUCUCGCCGCAGGACGCGCGCAAGGCAUUGGCGCGGACCGAGAGCGGACUCGACGUCGAAGCCGCGCUCGAGCUCCUCCGCCGCGCCGACGAGAGGCUGGCCGAGGAGCUCCAACGCCAGGAAAGCGCCCGGUACCGGGGCGAUGGCGGUUUCGAUGGCGGCGAGGAAGACCCGGACCUUGCGGCGUACGAAGCCCGCGAGGCCGAGCGGAGGCGAAGACGACGGGCCGGUCCGAGCCGCGGCGAUGCAGUAGGCACGGAAGCGGGCAUCAAUGCCGGACUCGGCCCCAACGGCCUGCGAGCGCCGUCCCGCAACGCAACGCCUUCAUCGCAGGCUGGGUCGGCCGAGUGGCAGCAGCAGGCGGACCAGCUCUAUGCUCAGGCAUCGGAGCUCGGCGCCAACAUGCUGGGCAAGGCGACCGCGUUCUGGUCGAGCGCCAAGGCUCAGGCCCAGAAGGCGCUCGAGGAGCAUCAGAAGGCGGCCGGUGCCGAUGCCGAGCGGCGCUCCAGCCCUGCCGGAUCGGCCCGGCGGUGGGGGCUCGGCGGCGGAGGUGCAGCAGCCAAGAAGGAGUGGGAGGGCAAGCCAAAAUGGAUGGUCGACGCCGAAGCAGCCGCCGAAGAUGAUUCGGCGGCAGCAGCAGCAGCGGCAGGAGGGAGUGCUGCAGGCGGCUUCAAGGACUCGGACGACGAGGGCGAAGGUCCUGCACCAGCCGCCGCAAAGGCGCCGCCGGUGCCGCGCCGGCCAAAGCAGACCACCCGCGAUUCCGCCGCGGCAGAAUCGCCUUCCGUCAACCUCUGGGAUGACGCAGAUGCACCUGGUGCCCCCGGCGUGCCCGCAGCAGCACCUGCUGCACCUCCGUCCUCGGCUGGGCUUGCAGCGCCAGCAGGCGAUGGCGGCCGACGACCGUACGUCUCUCCGAACCGACGCGGACCGUCACGGACCUCGGCCGCGGCUGCUGCGCCCGCUGCCGCGACUGCAACGGCGCGAGACAAGGCCCACCGCUCGAUCCCCGCCGACGACGCCUCGGCCGUCGCUGCAGCUUCUCGACACAAGAACGAGGGCAACGAGCAGUUUAAAAAGGGCGCCUACGGCGACGCCGAGGCGAGCUACACGCGCGGCGUCGAUGCGCUGUCUUCGGCGUCGCUGCGCCUCGUGCCGCUGCUCAACAACCGCGCCAACGCGCGGCUUAAGAACGGAUCCGCGGCGGCGGCCGUUGAGGACUGCGAGCGCGUCCUUGCCCUGAUCCACCCAGGCGGCGGCGGCGGCGGCGCCUCGUCGUUCUACCGACCAAGCGCGGAGCACGCGCUGCCGGGCGAGGUGGCGCGCGACGUCAACCUGCGCGACGGGUACGCCAAGGCGCUGCUGCGCAAGGCGCAGGCGAGCGAGGCGCUGGAAAAGUGGGGCGCGGCCGACGAGACGUGGCAGCUGCUGCUCGAGUAUGAGAAGCAGGAGGGUAGCGGCGGCGGUGGCGGUGGCGUGGGCGGUGCGGGGGGCGUCAACAACCUUCGUUUUGCGCGCGAUGGCAUCGCACGGUGCGGCAAGAUGCUCGGUCGUCGCGCCAACGCCAAUUUGUCGUCCUCGGUCGGCGGCACCUCUCGAUCGCGGCCUCCUCGCGUCGCAGCCGGAUCGAGUGCGACGACGACAGCGACGACGAAGCUUCGAGAGCAUCAACGGCAGACGGCGGCGCAGGAGGCCGAGGAGGCGGAGCGGCUAUCGCACAAGGACGACGUGGAUGCGCAGCUAUCCGCGUGGCGCGCGGGGAAGGAGACGAACCUGCGCGCGCUGCUGGCCAGCGUGGAUGCGCUGGCGUGGCCCAGCCUCGGGUGGAACAAGGUGGGCAUGCACCAGCUCGUCACCGACGCCCAGGUCAAGCGCGCCUACGUCCGCGCCAUUGCCAAGGUGCAUCCUGACAAGCUGACGCCGAGCAACACGACGGUGCAGCAACGCAUGCUCGCCGCGGGCAUCUUUAACGGUCUCAACGAGGCUUGGAACGCCAGCGUCGCAAAGUAA